GUGUGUGUGUGUCCUGUAUGGAGGAGAAAGGAAAGGAAAGGACAGAGAUCUCGUGAAGGGCGUGGGAGAUGUGACAAAUAGGGGUGGGAAUUUAAAGGGAGAGUCACAAAAUUUUUCUCAUCGAACGAACGGGUGUGUAAGAUUGAGUCCUGUGUGCGUUCUGAGUGUGGUGAAGGGUCAGUGUGCGUGGAGGCUGCAGUGAGGUGUGACGUGGUGUGCGGGCGAGAGGAGAGGAGAGAGGAGAGAGAGAGAAAGAGAGAGUGAAAGAAAGAGAGAGAAAGAGAGAGACCAUGACGGAGGAUGAAUGUCACGGAAACGAGAAGGAGGAUGUGGAGGAACUGUACACCGCCAUCUUCCACUACGUGUUCCCAGCGCUGGUGGUGACGGGCAUCCUCACCAACACCCUCAACCUCAUUGUCCUCACCAGGCCACUCAUGAGGGGACGGACCUACAGGUGGCUCCGUGCCCUGGCGUGCGUGGACCUGUCGCUGUGCGUGCUGACGGUGCCGGUUUGCCUGGCGCGGGGCGGCGUGGCACCGCUGCGGUCCGCGGAGGUGGCGCGCUACUACGCGCACUUCGGCUGGUCGUUGAGCAUCGCCUCGCAGAUCCUCAGCUUCUACCUGAUGGGGAUGUUCGCCCUGGAGAGAUUCCUGGCGGUGUGUCGCCACGACCUGUACCCGCGCAGCCAGACGGACGCCGUGUUCCGGGGCGGCGUGGUGAGCAGCGCGGUGUUCGUGUUGCUGCUGUACCUGCCCACCAUGGUCGUGGGGCGCGUGGAGGCGGCGGGUGAGGGGCGAUGGAUGCCGCGGGACGGCUACUCCAUGCAGGAGUACACGUGGUACCGCGCCUAUGCCUGGCUCAGGGAAAUAUUCUCCCGCCUGGUGCCCGCCAUCCUCAUCACUUUUUGCAACGUGCGCAUCACGCUGCGCCUCAAGCACCUUAGAAACAUCCGCGAGGGGUUCGGCAGCGGCGUGCCUGCCGCCAGACGGGAGCGGGAGCGACGCCUGGUGCUGCUGCUGUUCUGGGUGACCACGCUGUUCUACAUCUUCAACACGCCCGUCACUGUGUACUACCUGGGCUUCCUGCACACACAGCGCUUCUGCGGCAAGGACAUGUCAGCCAGCCUGCUCAUCUUCGCUGCUGUCUCCAACCUGCUGCAGAUGCUAGGCAACGUCUCCAACUUUGUGCUCUACUUCCUCAUCAGCCCAGAGUUCCACAAGACGCUGUGCAACCUGCUGGCCUGCCGGGACACGGGGCGCCCCGCCAGCCUCAAGUUGCACUCCGGCAACACCACCACCACCACCAUGCUGCCCUCCACCGCCGCCGUCAUCACCGCCAUCAUCACCACGGCCAACCAAGACCAGUCUCUCACACGGCCAGACUCAGCCUGCCGCCACCACCUGCCUGGCGGCGCCGCGCCCCUCAACGGCGCCAACAACUUCUCAGGGAUGGAAGCUCGCCAGCCGUCCCCAGGAAGCCCUGCGUGAGCCAGGAACACACCUCACAGCGCCAUGCCCCCUACUCCAGCCCCCCGCACCACGCCACACAGCGGGAGGCAAGAUGGAGUGACGGCUGUGAGGUGACGCCGCCGCAUGCUGUGGUGUGCUGUGUUUCUGUGUUGCUGUGUUGAGGUGCUUGGGCAUCACUACACAACAGGCUCACCCCACGCACUGACGCCCUCACUGUACACUGUUGUGGCAGUUUGAUAAGUACAAAGUAGCAAUGAAGCAAGUAACAACACGGUCUGCCAACACAGACGCAAUGAUUUCAUAAUUAUAUUUCAUAAAUGUGUAAUUGUCUACUCAGCUCUAUUUAUAAAUAUCAUGGUGUGUGUUCCCAGCUCUCAUGUGCAAGUAAUAUUUGUUAUGAAUGUAUUAUAAUUACAAAAAAAGUAAUGAAAACUAUAAUACUGUUUAUAUUUAGAGAGCGAGCCUCGCCUGAAGCAGCAGCAGCAGCAGCAGCAGGGGCGGCAGCAGCAGCGGCAGAUGACGUCAGUGACCAGCUCGCGCAUCGCCACAACACAACACGGAAAAACCUUCACUCAUCACUCACACCUCACACUUACAGAGCGCCACGAUGUAAGUAAAGGCACCAAAUAUUAACCCCACACUUGUAUGAUGCAAGAACAACCACUGGUGAGGAAAGACGAAUAUUCACCACACACUUUAUCACCACCACACAACACGCGUCUAGUCACCACUCACCGCAGUCACCCUUGAGUCAGUGAGGUAAAGAAACAGCACGUGGCGACUCCAAUCACUGUUUUCUCUGUCACUGGAGUCCUCAGCAUCGGCCACACGUGCGGAACUCAGCAACAAGGCGGCGUGGGGCGGGAAUACAGCUGCUGAGUGUUCGGUAAGGCUGAGAGAAGUGCUGUAUCGCUGUAUCUUGAAAGUGCUGUAUCUUGUACUGAUGGGGCUGGAGGGGCGGGGAAGGGCUGAGUAGGGUAAGGGCGGGGCAGGGGAGGACCAGGAGACGUGGUUUCUCUCCGCCCUGUUUGUUUUGGUUCAGGAAUAUUUUGUAUUUGCUUCGUUUUCCUUGUGUUUGUGUGUUUGUUUACCAGUGUUUGUACGUGAUUGAGUUUAGCUGGUAAUAUUGACACCAGAUUAUCAUAUUUUUGUUUUGAAAUGUGCAGUAUGUAGCAACACACACACACACACACACACACACACACACACACACACACACACACACUGGUUAUGAUAUAUUCUACUGAUCUGUCACAUUUUAGAAAACUUGUAUAAUCAUUUACUUUACCGAGAGAGAGAGAGAGAGAGAGAGAGAGAGAGAGAGUGUGUGUGUGUGUGUGUGUGUGUGUGCUCGCGCGCGCGCUGGACGUCACGCGAGUUAUUUGUAUCACUUUCUGAGCUUGGCGGGAGUGGGAUGGCAUGAAAACUAUUAAAAUGACUACGCCUCACAGCCUGGCGGGCAAGGAUAAAGAGCUCCCGUCCCGCCUCCGCCUCGCUGCUUCAAUUUGCUGCUUUCAUAACGGCAUGGAGUUGUGGAGCACCGUUUUAACUCCGUCACAUUACAUACACACAUACACCACCGCCUCGCCACCCCUCUAUACCAAGCCAGCGGGAUAAUGUGGCUGUGUGUGUGGGUAUAUGUUGGUGUGUUUGUGUAUGGGUGGGGUGUGGCUGUGUAUGGUGUGUGUGGGGUGUGGGUGGGUAUAUGUGGGUGUGU